AUGAGUCAAUUAGACGGUUAUCAUUUAAUGGUUGUUUCCCAAUACUUUUCAACAAUACAAGACUUCAUUUCAAUUGAGUUCGUCUGCAAAAGGUAUUUAAAUAACAUGGAGAGGUAUCACGCCAACCCAAUUCCCCUCACUUUAAAAACCAUAAAAUACUUCCCAAAAAUAGAAACACUCAACAUUUGGUCCUAUGACGACGAAUUUUUUGGAAACGACAUUUUCAACACAAUUAAAACCAAAACAGAAUUAAAAAUAGACUUCUAUCGAAUCAACGUUUGGUUCAACGUCGACUACACUUUUACUCAAACGCACAGAGACUCAAAUUUUACAUUCAAAAGUGUGACUUAUACAAAAGAAGAUAGAGAAAAAUAUGGACCAAUAAUUCCAAACACUAUUAAUCGACUUGGAAAUAACUGUUUUGAGUCCUCCAAUGUAGUUUCCUUACAAAUUCCGGACUCAGUGACUUCACUUGGGAAUUUCUGUUUUAAUUUAUGUGGGGGGUUGGCGUCUGUCACGCUUCCAAAAACGCUGAAAGAGAUUGGGAAGUACUGUUUUUACUAUUGUGAGUCCCUCAGAGAUAUUGUAGUCCCGCAGUCUGUCACGGCAAUAGGAGAGUACUGUUUUGGUUAUUGCAAUACACUCGCGACUAUCAACUUUUCAAACUCGAUUUCGGAGCUCCCCGAUAACUGUUUCUACGCGUGUUAUAAUCUGCAGAACAUUUCGUUUGAGUCGCGACUGAAGUCGAUUGGAGAGUAUUGCUUUGGGUACUGCCACUCCCUUAAAUCAGUCAAAAUACCGUAUUGCGAAUCUUGCAUUAAAAACUGCGCGUUCUUCGAUUGUGGUAAUUUGACGUCGAUAACAAUCAAUGGAAGUGUGAACACUUUUGGAUAUGGCUGCUUUUAUAGGUGCAGUUCCCUCGCACUUGUCAAUAUCCCAAGCGGAGUGUCUGAUAUUGGAGAAAUGUGUUUUAAUGGGUGUGAGUCUUUGCGUUCAAUUUCUUUGCCAAUUAAAUUGGGAAAUCGCGAAAAUAUUUCUUAUAUCAGUUACUCGAAUUUGGAUAAAGUUGUUCUGACUAAAAACGUGGGGAGAAGCAGUUAA